AUGAGCGAGGAGGUGUCGACGUACUUGCUGCUGGUGCUGCGCGGACUCGAGUUCCUCGUGGAGGAGGAGAUCCGAUCCAAUCUCCAGGUAGAGAGUCUGGAGAUAUGCAGCGUGCAGGAGAACCCUCGGCCGCCGUACAUGCAGGUGAUGCAGGGCCAGGCUGCGGUGGGCAGGAUCAUUCUGCGCACCAAGUCGUCGGCUGCGGAGGUCCAGGAGCUGCGGUCCGUGCAGGCGACGCUGGCGCUGCUGGCCAAGAGCGACGAGAUCGACACGGAGAGCGACGCCGGCGUCAAGCAGAUUGGGCAACUGCUGGUGGAGGCGGACUGGGACUCGGCCGUGAAGCUCUGGAAGCAGCACGCCGUUCGCCCCGUGGAGGACGACAAGAUCACGUUCCGCGGCUCGUGCGUGCGUGACGGCAAGCACGCGUACAACUCGCAGGUGGUGGCGGGAGAAGUGGGCGCGCGCGUGAUCGAGAAGUUCGGCUGGGGCGUCAACCUGACCGAGUUCGACGUGGAGGUGGUCGUGGUGAUCUUCUACAAGUUCAUGGUGGCGGGCAUCGCGCUGGCCGACCCGCGCAAGAUCCAGUUCCGCAACCGAUUGGCGAAUGAAAGCCGUAGUGCGCUAGCCGACUCGCAGUACGUCUCGACGCUGCGUCCCAGCACGGCGUAUUUGAUGCUGCAGCUUGCCCAGCACAAGUACGGCGACGUAGUGCUGGAUUCCAUGUGCGGAAUCGGCACUCUUCCGAUUUGUUCCGCUGACUUCACGAACGACGGCGUGUACGCUCUCGGCGGUGAACUGGACGAGCUGCCGUCGGGCAAAGCCGGCCAAAAUGCCGUCACUCGUCCUCGCCCCGUGGACAUUGCGCGCUGGGACAGCACGCGAUUGCCCCUGCGCAGUCACAGUAUCGACAGGAUCAUGAUCGACAUGCCGUUCGGGGUUCGCUGCGGCAACCAGCGCCAGAACAACAAGAUGUACCCCAAGGUGUUCAAGGAGCUUCUGCGCGUGCUGCGACCUGAUGGACGAGCAGUGCUGCUGGUCAUGUCCAAGAAGCUGUUCAAGGGUGCGGUCAAGGACCUGCCGUUCCGCGUUGUGGCUGAGCACAUGGUGAGCAUCGGCGGGCUCGCUGGAGGCAUCUACGUUAUCGAACCUACUGCAUCGGUCCCGCCUCAGCCCACACCAACCACAACCAUCGGCCAGAAGCGCAGCGCCAGCAGUCUGAUCAUCGUAGAGAUGCGGAAGUAUUCACGAGUGGACAAGCUGCACCUCUACUUGGCCAAGGUGGGCCAGGGCUGGCUGAAUGAGGAUGAUGUUGAUGAUGUGUCGACAUCCAAACUUUCGGGCGGUGACUACUUCGGAGAUGACUUUGUGACGGAGGAAGGAGUUCUUCACGUGCUGGUGGUGGCCCCAAGGCUUGAUUCUAGCGCUGAAGUGCCCUUGGAUGAUGGCAUUUUCUAG